CUGACUUUGAAGUUUGAACUAAGAACUUAGAGUUUGAAAUUCAAAAGCCAAAACAACAACAAAAGUAUCGCGGUUUACAUUCUUAUCUUUGAACUAUUUUAUUUGAUAUAACUUUAACAUAAAUGGUUUAUUUAUCUCUUUGUUUAGACGAAUUUUGUUGACCUUUUCAGACUGUUACUUGUUUAUAUGCUCCAAGUACAUACCUAUAAAUGAACGAAUAUCGGAAUAUCGUGAUUCAUGUCUAACUUUCGAGUGAUGAUUUUUCAUGGUUUAUAUUCAAAAUGCUGUGUUUUGGUGUCACUUAGCGUAGUAACGUUGGCUGAGAGUAAGUAUGGGUUCGUUACGUGGUCGUACGGGAAGGCUGAGGUUUCGAUCACGGAUAUAUCAGAGGAAAUUCCGGAUGUACACAUCGCUCGAGCUACUUAUACCAACGAAAUAAAUACUACUGGCUGGGCUUACCUAGAGCUGCAUACUACGCCGGGUGCCAAUGAUGAGCAGCAGGCGUACGCGGCCGGCUUCCUGGAGGGCUUCCUCACACGGGACCUCAUCUGGAUGCACUGGCAGAAUGUGCUCAAAGGGUAUUGCUACAAUAAGACAGAAGUGUGUGGUAUGAUUGAGGACUUUGUGGACAAGAAUGAAGACUACAUUGCAUCCAUGAUAGCUGACAACCCCUCUGACCCAUACUGGUAUCAGAUGAAACUUUAUUACAUCCAAAUCGAAGGUUUGGCUGUCGGGUACAACCAAGCUACGAGAGAUGCGUAUGAAUGGCUUACCGUAAGAGAUAUUAUUUGGCUCAACAUGCUGGGUGAUCUAGACGACAUAGCGUUCGCGCUGUCUAUGCCGCGGGAAACCCCCGAAGGACUGCUAUUCGGCGAGCAUUGCAGUGGCCUCAUCAAACUGCUGCCAGACCUAUCCAACCUUUACACCUCGCAUGUCACGUGGAAUAGUUACCAGUCCAUGCUUCGCUUUCAAAAGAUGUACGUGCUGAAUUACAAGUUGUCUCCCGAUAGCGAUGAGCUCAUACCGGGACGAAAGAUGGCCUUCACUUCUUAUCCUGGUUUUGUUCAAUCCACAGACGAUUUCUACACAAUAUCGACGGGGUUGGUGACUGCUGAGACCACUAUCGGCAACAGUAACAGAACCUUAUAUGAAUACAUUAAACCAGUUGGUCAAAUAAUGGAGUACGCGCGUGCGAUGGUGGCCAACCGAAUAGCUAACGACGGCAAGCAGUGGGUAGAGACAUUCCGCCAGCACAACAGCGGCACUUACAACAACCAGUGGUAUGUGGUGGACUAUAACAAGUUCAAGGCCAGCACGGGGCAAACACCCGGCGUCGUCGAACCCGGCCUGCUGUGGGUCGUCGAACAGUUGCCUGGCAACACUGAGGCGGCCGAUCUAACAGAACAUUUACAAAAGACAUCAUACUUUCCCUCAUACAAUAUACCAUAUUUCCCUCGCAUCUUCAACCUGAGUGGUGGUAACGACCGGGUAGCGACCUUCGGAGACUGGUUCGGAUACCACACCAAUCCUAGAGCCAAGAUAUUUGCACAGAAACAGGCUAACAUCGGCAACGUUCGCGACAUGUUCAUGACGAUGCGCUAUAACGACUUCAAGCACGACCCACUCGCGCGCUGCGAGUGCCGCCCGCCCUACAGCGCAUGCAACGCCAUCGCUGCGAGAAACGAUCUUAACCUGGCUAAUGGCACAUAUCCAUUCCGCGCGCUCGGCCACCGCAGCCACGGCGCCACGGACGCGAAAGUGACGAGCGCGACGCUCAGGCGAACGUUUCAGUUCCUGUCCGUCGCCAGCCCUACCUACAACAUCUCCAGGGGCAUACCGCCCUUCCGGUGGAGUGAAUUUGACAUGGGUCCACACAUCUCCCACGUCGGUCACCCUGACCUGUGGAUGUUUCCGCCCGUGCUGCACCGCUGGGAGUGGGGAUAAACUCGUUAUCAACUUUAUUACUAUGACAUAAGAGUCAAUUUUGUUUGUAACUGUGAAUCUCAAAAAAUGAUCAUAAUUUUAUGUACCCUAGUUUUUUUACUAAGAUAAUGUGGUUUUAAACGAAGAAAUCUUUGUAAACAUAUUUACUAGAUUUUGUAAUCAAACAUAUCAUUUUUAUUAUUAAAUAUAUUCUGCUAUUAAAUAAAA